AUGUUAGGAAAUUUUGAAAUACCCUCUCCUACCCUUAUAGCUCCAAACUGCUCAGAAGUAAGCAGUGAACUCUCCUUAUCCCCGCUCCGUGAAGAAAGUAAAGAGCUGAACACCUUAAGGCUCCAAUCCGCUUUAUUAAAACUCAAGAAAAAUCACAACUACAAAGACCCUCCCACAGACAUUAAGCUUGAACAAUCAAUUGACGGCUCAUGCAAAAUUUACGUCCGUAACACUAACUACAACCACGAUAACUCAUCUGAGCCCACCUGCACCCCUUCACUAAACGAGCCACAAGAACUUUAUCCUACAGAGCUAGAACAGAUAAUCAACAGACUCAGAAAAAUUGCAGAAGCAAGAAAUUCUGAGUCCAUAUCGACCCCGCCUACCCCUACUCAAUGCUAUAUUUCCCUUGAUCACUGCAGCAUUGUAUAUUUCCCUGAAAAUGCUGAAGUCCAAGAAACAUCAGAACAAUAUGAAAAUCUCCCUUCUUCUAAAGACACCCAAACACCCAAUGUGGAGCCUAAAUACAACUUAAAAUGCCCUCAGACUUUACGAUUCAUACAGAGAGCUUUAAUGAGCUGUACAUCAAUAAGCUCUUUGCCUAGAACUCCUGAUGAUAUUGUGCAGGAGUCUAUUGAUAGGUCUAUUAUUAUUAUCCACCCUAGGGAAAUAAAUGAUGAAGGAUUUAGGCCUGCUUUGUCAAGACAUAACUCGUCACAUAAUUAUAGAGUUACGUCAAUAUCAAGGCAUGGAGCUGAAGACCUAAGUCUUCCUGAAGCGAUUCAGACGUUAAAAAAGAAAUUAGAAGAACUGAGCAUUGAUGACUGCUCAGAGCAGGCGAUUGAUGAUGAAAAUAUAAGGAUAAUUACAGUAGAAUAUUCACCAAGCUCUUCGCCAGGGAGCAUUUCGUCUAUUGAGCAGUCCACCCCUGUUAUAAAAUCUCAAGAAUAUCCUGAUUUGUUGUCACCGGAAACGAGGUUUAAGCUUAUGAGAAAGCUCCAUGCUGUGCAGGAGGAUAUGGAAGGGGAAGAAGAAAAUAUCAGAGAAAUUGAUGAGUCUACUGUAAUUUAUACGAAUGAAGAAGAAAACUUUAUGAAUAAUGCAAGGAGUGAAGCUAAUUCUGCAGCAAGCCCAGUUUAUCAUAUUCAUAUUGAGCCGAGUUUAAAUGCAGUGGCUGAGAGAUUAAGGAAGCUAAGGAGUGAUUCAGAAACGCCGGAGGAUUAUUAG